GACGUCACGGCGUCCUGUAGCGCGCUUGCGUUCGGCCAUAGAGUUGUUCAUUGUCCUGAGCCUCAACGGCAAGAGAGUUUACAGUAGAGCCGCACACCGUCUAUUUCUAAUCUAUUAUCCGUUGAAUACUACCGUUUUUAAACCCUGGCUCGGUUUCGAAGAGUGGGAACAAAAAGGACACAUUCAACAGGUUGAUUUGCGUCCUUCAAUGCUUUAGCUGUCCGGUUCCCGCGGUCUUCAUUUCCCCCACGGAUUUACAGGAGGCGCGAACAUGCCUUUGGGACUCAGGAAAAAGAAAAACAAGUCGAAGGAAAGCUCGAACUUAGUGGAAAACGAGGAGGUCAGCGGACACGCAGGUGUUGGGAAGUCCGCGGUGAACGGUGGCGGUCUGCCUGCUCCACCGGCCAACAUGCGACCGAAACUGGUGUUUCACACGCAGCUCGCACACGGGAGUCCCACGGGCCGGAUCGAGGGCUUCACGAACGUCAAAGAGCUGUACGGCAAAAUAGCAGAAGCGUUUAAUUUACACCCGGAUGAGAUCCUAUUUUGCACACUCAACACCCACAAAAUUGAUAUGGAAAAGCUGCUGGGAGGGCAGAUAGGACUGGAGGACUUCAUCUUCGCUCACAUAAAAGGGCUCAAAAAGGAGGUGGAGGUGUACAAAGCUGAGGAGGCACUUGGGCUCACCAUCACAGACAAUGGAGCUGGAUACGCCUUCAUAAAGCGUAUCAAAGAGGGCAGUGUGGUGGAUAGGGUAAAGGUGAUCUGUGUGGGAGAUCAUGUCGAAUGCAUUAAUGGAAAGAACAUCGUUGGAAUGCGGCAUUUUGAGGUGGCGCGAAUGCUGAAGGAGCUGCCCAAGGAUCAGUCUUUCACCAUCAAACUCGUGGAGUCUAUGAAAGCCUUCGAGAUGCUUGAACCAAGGUCAAGAGGAGGUGGAGGCGGCGGCAAAUCGUCAGGAGAUGGCAAGAUAGGCACAGGGAGAGAAACCCUCAGAUUGCGCUCCAAGGGUCCUGCAACAGUUGAGGAGAUGCCCUCAGAGUUUGAAGAGAAGGCAGUGAAGAAAGUGGAUGACCUUCUUGAGAGUUACAUGGGCAUUCGAGACACUGAAUUAGCCGCCACAAUGGUCGAGGUGGGCAGAGAUAAGAAGAACCCUGAUGAGUUUGCCAUGGCUCUGGACAAGGCUCUUGGUGACUUUGCCUUCCCAGAUGAGUUUGUGUUCGACGUCUGGGGAGCCAUCGGUGAUGCUAAACAGGGACGGUUUUAAGCGCUGCUACACGCGCACACACACACACACACACCACCACACAUUAAAAAAAAAAACUGAGCUGAAAUCAAGAGCAUCCUGUUCAGAGUCAUGCAGUUUCUAGCUAGCAUGCUGAACAUUUGAAUUUAUGUGAUUGACAAAAAUAUUUUUACAAAUAAACAAUAAACAAAAAAUAAUAGUAAAUAUAUCACCACUGUAUUUUUCCUCACAUAAUACAUUCUCAAGCCUUUCAAAGAGCUUCAACAGCAGUUAGGCACCAGGAUGAUGAUGAGAAUCUAGAGAAUUUAUUUCUGUGGUUUAGCAUUUGUAGGUGAAGCUGGGAGUUUGAUAUUUAUAAAAAAUAAAAAAAAGCCAAGGGAAAGGGUGAUGUUUGAAACACUCUUCUGCAUAGAGAGAAUUUUGUAUAGAAUUAUGGAUAUAUAUCAGUUGUCUUUUUAGAGCUAUUUUAGACUUUAAUGUAUUUAAUAAAAUGAAACUUUUGAGAAAUUAGUUUCAGUAGCUGAUUGUCAUAUUGUAGUCAAUUCAAAAUAUACACAU